AUGGGCAGUAUCACAGCGAGCACACUUACAAUCAUUUUAACAGUGGAAUUCAUGAUUGGAAAUCUAGGAAACGGGUUUAUAGCACUGGUGAACAGCAUUGAUUGGGCCAAGGGAAGAAAGAUCUCCUCAAUUGACCAAAUUCUCACUUUCUUGGCAAUCUCCAGAAUUGCUCUGCUCUGGCUAAUGUUUAUAAAUUGGUGUGUGCUUAUGUCUAAUCCACUUUUACUUACCAGAGGCAAAAUUCUAAACAUGUUCUAUGCUGGCUGGAUAGUGACCAGUCACUUCAGCAUCUGGCUUGCUACCUGUCUCAGCACUUUUUACUUCCUCAAGAUUGCCAACUUUUCUAACUCUAUUUUUCUCUACCUAAAGUGGAGAGUUAAAAAGGUGGUCUCAGUGUUAAUGCUGGUGACUUUGAUCCCCUUGUUUUGUAAUAUUGUCCUGGUAAACACAUUUAUUGAUGCCUGGAUUGACGGCUGUAAAAGAAACAUGACUUGUAUGAGUAACUCUGUACAAUUUUUAAAGCGUCCUUUAAUCACUAGCACUAUGUUCACUUUCAUACCUUUUGCUAUGACACUGACAACCUUUUUCCUGCUCAUCUUCUCUCUCUGCAAACAUCUUAGGACAAUGCAGCGUGAUGCCCAAGGACCCAGAGAUGCCAGCACCAAGGCCCACAUUACAGUCCUGCAGUCCGUGAUCACCUUCCUCCUGCUCUAUGCCAUUUUCUUUUUGUCUUAUUUUAUAGCAGUUUUGAUCUCUGACUUGGUGAAUGAAAAUAUGAUUUUCAUGUUUUUACAGGCUACUGCAAUUGUUUUUCCUUCAGGACAUUCCUAUGUCCUGAUUCUGGGGAACAAUAAGUUAAGACAAGCCUCUGUCUUGUGUCUGUGGUGGCUGAAAUGCAGGUGGAAAGACAAUGACCCCUCAGGUUCAUAG